AUGGAUGAACUUAUUCAUAUCUUCCUCAUUAAGAAUUAAAUGAAACAAAAUUCUUUAAGUAUUUCAGGUAUUGAUAAUCAUUAUCUAUUUAGAAGAUCUCGAAUAUGUCAAAGGAGAUUUGGCUAAAGUCUAAAUUGUGAAUCUCAUGAUUAUAACCUUAAAAAUAAAAGUGAUUUUCGUAAGUUACUGA